AUGGACUAUCUGGUCUUGAUAAUUGGUGCUGGGCGUUCGUGGGAAUGGGGAAAUAAGCCAAGUCAGAAAGGGGAUUAUGAGAUGGCCAGUCCGUGUGUGAUGUCUGAUCUACCUCAAAGAAUUCUAGAGCAAGUCUUAGUGCAGGAGGUCAUAAGACUUUGUUCCAAAGUAUGCUUUGGCACAGAAUUUGUUGCUUUUCAAGAGAAAGAAGGUCAUGUUGAGACCACCUUGAAGGACCGCUGUACAGGCGAAGAGUACAGAGUCAAAUCUCAAUAUCUUAUUAGUGCAGAUGGUGCGAGAAGGGCGGUCCUUUCGGCUCUAAGCAUCCCAAUCAUCGGCAAACAGCUGAACACUGCAUUCAAUGUCCACACCAAGGCGGAUCUCACAAAAUAUAUUGCUUAUCGGCCAGGUAGUCUCAAUUGGAUAUUGAACCGAGACGCUCCAGACUGGUCGGCUGUUGGCAAUUUUCCAAUGGUUCGUCCGUGGAACGAGUUGGUUGUCUCUUUACAUCCUGCCACCAAGGAUGGAAAGUCCUUUGUGCCAACCGAACCCAAGAUUCUUGACCGUUUACAUCAGAUGAUCGACAAUGAAUCAGUCAAAAUCGAAAUCCUUUCUUCUUCGAAUGGACCAUCAACGAUCAAGUGGCUGAGAGUUGGCAGAAACCACGUGUGCUUCGUAUUGGAGAUACAACCCAUAGGCAUCCACCCAUCAACGGAUUGA